UCCGCGUCCUUUGAAAUUUGUAUAGGCCUACUAUACUAUAGGCGAGGCUAAGCUGUGAGUGGACCAAGUGCCUAUAAGUACGUAUACGUCGCGCCAACGUAGCUUGAAAUGUUAGGUAAUUACGAUUUACGAACUCUCGCUCCUGAUCCUGAACAAUUCUUGACCUCAACGACAACGGGCUCCUCCUGCGCCCCAUCGAUCCUCAGAAGCAGUGGAGCGAACGUAGACGGGAUAAAACACAAGUCUGACAAGAUCAUAACAUCCUAUUUUCACGCGUUUAAGGUGUUGGGUGCUGCCUCGGCUACCCAUAUACGAUCGCGGCUAAGCCGCCGGGUCAGCUCGGCCAGCAUACCGUACCGUCGAUUGGCAGAGUGGAGGCCGGAGGACCAGGCGAAGUUCUCUAUCUGCAUCCGGCCCGGAGCGGCAGCGGCUAGGCUGAGCUGAGCCCCGGCCGUACCAGCACUAGCUAACGACGUGAAUUUUCUUUGUUGGCUUUCGGAAGGUGACUCUAAAGGAUUGAGCAGCAUGUUCCAGUGAACGGAUAACCAGGACCUUGAUGAUCAGCUAAUGAGGACUUCUUUCUUAUUAAAAAGACCAGAUCUGCUCUGACAGCUAAGCUUCAUGGAAGUCACAUGCGGUUAUAUUUCAGGACAUUCAGAUGAACACCUUAGUUGACUAAAAUGUACAUGUACAUGUAUUCUGAUAGUCCAUAGGAGUUAAGAUUGGUAGUAUCUGAAUUUUCAAAGAUCUGGAGCAGCAAACCUGCCUUAUCAAAAGAACUCUUUAACAGUAAUCGCGAGUGAAGUGGACAAGCCUGGAAAUCUUAAAGAUAUUAACAAGAUCAGACGUGUAAUGACUGGCGUAGUGGUGGUAACAGAACCGAGGAUGACCUAGAAUUCAUGGUACUGUCGCUGGUGUAAAGAAGUGACGGUACCAUGGGUGACGAUUUGUUUGUGAUUUAUGAUAGUGAGGAUGAGGAGUAUCCUUCAACCUCUUCUGGGAACAGUCACAGAAGAUCAGGGGGAGUGAGGUCGAGAGAGAAUUUAACCCCCAACCAAAGUGAGAAGGUGGGAAACAACGAGCUAGAAAGUGAUGUCAUACUUUUAUCCUCAGAUAGCGAUUCAGACUCUGACUCAGAUUUACCGGAUCCUUUCGCCAGAGGCAAUGAUGAUGGUACAGUCAAAAGAAAGAAGAAGCAAAAGAAAAACAAGAAGAAGCAAAAGAAAAACAAAAAGAAGGUCAAUGUCGAAUCGACAGAAUGUCAAACUCGGCAUGCCAGAGUAAAGCAAGAAGUCAAUGAAUCUUAUGAAGAUCUAGCUUUUCAAGCGGAAAAAAAUUGUGAUAGUGACCAAGACAACUCUAGACAUUUGAGAAAUGAGCCCACUUCAGAAGAUUCUGAGUGUGAUGAUCGUGAAGAGGAAGCAGCCAGUGGUUCUUCUAAAGGAAACCCUCAACAGCAGGAUGCUGAAGGACUUGCAAGUGAUGAAGAAGGCAACAUAAUAACUCUUCAUGAUCUUGACAGUGAGACUUACAGUCAAGUUGCUCCUGUGGAGCCUUAUUUUAGUCCUUUUGACCUGCAUAGUCCUGUGAAUCAUGUGACUUCACCAUUAUCACCAGCCAGAACUUCAUGUACUUCACCUUCAGUAACACAGGUACCUCAGAUUUUAUUGCAAAGAUUGCCACCCAAUGAUUUGCCUUCUAGUGCAGAGAGUUCGUCAGGCGUUGACAACUCUGGUAAUUGUUCCGGGGAUUUGGACUUACCUAAUCCGAGCUGUGUAUCAUCAUCAGCCAGUCCUGGUUCACCUUCAGUAACGGAGGUACCUCAAGUUUUAUUGCAAAGAUUGCCACCCAAUGAGUUGCCUUCUAGUUCGGACAGUCCGGUAGGUGUCAAUGUUUCUGGUGAAUGUUCAGGUGAUUUGAACAUCUCUAAUCCAAGCAGUGUUUCACCAUUAGCCAGUCCUGGUUCACCUUCAGUAACGAAGGAACCACAGGUUUUGCUGCAAAAACUGCCACCCAAUGAUUUGCCUUUGAGUACAGACAGUCCGUCAGGUUUCGACAGUUCUGAUGAAUGUUCAGGUGAUUUGGACAUCCCUAAUCCGAGCUGUGUUUCACCAUCUGCCAGUCCUGGUUCACCUUCAGUAACGAAGGAACCACAGGUUUUGCUGCAAAAACUGCCACCCAAUGAUUUGCCUUUGAGUACAGACAGUCCGUCAGGUUUCGACAGUUCUGAUGAAUGUUCAGGUGAUUUGGACAUCCCUAAUCCGAGCUGUGUUUCACCAUCUGCCAGUCCUGGUUCACCUUCAGUAACGAAGGAACCACAGGUUCUGCUGCAAAAACUACCACCCGAUGAUUCGCCUUUGAGUGCAGACAGUCCUUCAGGCAUCAACAGUCCCGGUGAAUGGUCAGAUGAUUGUUCUGUUAAUGAUACAGUUUCUCUGUCUACAAGUGGUAGAUCCACAGGUGUUCAUACAUGCACAUCAGAUGAUUCUUCAAUACAGCAUCUAUUGGCCCAGGCCCUGAGAUCUGAAGAAAGGAUGCAACUUAAAAUCUACAGAUUCCCUUUGCCACCAGCUUCCCUUGAAAAUGAUUCAGACUCCGAUGAAACCUGUAUCGAGGAUGAUGAUCUGGGCACGUCAUUAAAUCAAGUUGACAACUGCAUAUCAGAACCUCCUGGCUCAGAUGAAAGUUUUGAAACCAGCGAAGUUAACACAAAUUUUGAUUUCAGUGGAAAUGACGAUGAAUGCAGACGUCCUGUUAGAAGAUGUCCUGUUGUGUCUGAUGAUGACACAGACUCUGAUGAAACCUGCAUCGAUGAUGAUGAUCAGGCUACCUCAAAUGAAGUUUACAGCAGCAAAUCAGAAUCUUCUAGCUCUGAUGGAACCAGUGUAGUUUAUCCAAGUUCUAGUAAAAAUACUUGUCCUUCUCGUGUUGAAACAGAAGAUGAUUUUUCUGAGCCUUUUUCACCAUCCGGCGGUGCCGAGCCCAAUGAUCAGAUGGGCAAUACAGAUGGUUUUGAUACGCAGCCUUUCCAACCUGUUCUUGAUGACCAAAUUGAGUAUUCGUCAAGUAUGCACAGAGACACUUCAUCUCCUGAACAGAAUUUCGCCACAGAUUGUACUGAACAGGAAAGUGAUGUUCCUGGAGGAUCAUCCGAUCAAGAAGAGGAUGGACCCCUUGACAAUUCCACAGGACAGUAUUUUCCUACAGAUUCUCAGUUGAGUUGUAGCCUUGACAGUGAGGACACUGAAGAUCUAAAAAGCCUUUCAGCGGAAGGAACAGCAUGUCAUGGUCAAGAGACAGAAUCCGGUUUGUCCAACCUUUCCAAUGGUCACUCACCUGGAAGAGAUAUUGACUGCCCUGAUAAAAGUGCUGGAAAGAAAACUCUUCCCUGCCUAAGGCAUGCUUGGUCUCCCUCAGAAUUGGAUCCACAACAAAGAUUCUUGAUGCUGCAAGGGGACGAAUCUGAGUGUAUUUCUUUCUCGCAGAACACUCCUUCCGAUAGUGCUGCCUUGAGCCCUGCACUUUCUCAUUGUGAAACCCAAGACAUACAUGUAUCUACUUUGUCACCUGACAACUCAAUGACAAUUGGAAGUAAGAAACGCUCUCCCAAGAAGAAGAACAGAUUACCAAAUCUUUCAAGAGGUGAAAAAUUACUGUCAACCUUGAAAGAAAAUGUGAAGCAAAGAGAAAAGAAUGAGACAACUACUGCACAGGAUAGUGCUGACAUUCCAUCAACAUCCAAUCCAUCCAACAAAAGUCAUGAGGUAUCUUCACAGACCCCUUCUACCUCUGUCAAGGACAUUCCUAGCAUUCCAGGCAAUCAACCCAGCUCAAGUUCAGUGGAUUCUUCCGAAACCCCUUCCAAGUUCGGGAACCUUUCUGUGCAGGGUCAUUCUUCGCUGUCACAUUCCAAUGAGGUGUGCUUUGAAGAAACAAUGCAAGUAGAUUCAAGGACUUCUAGAGACAAUCCAAGUGUGUCCACUCCAACAAAGUCAACUGUAGAUAAUGGUCGCACUGCUCCUGCAGGCAUCUCAAAUGGACUCGGUUCUGCACCAACUGGUGUGCUGUCUAAUGCAGUUGGUAGAAGUAUCUCUUGUGGCCAUCCAAGUGUGUUCACUCCAUCAGCAAGUGCAUCUGUAACUAAUGGUCGCAGAGCUUCUACAGGAAUGCCCAAUGGACCCAGUUCUGAACCAAACAGUAGAAGUAUCUCUAGUGGCCAUCCGAGUGUGUCCACUCCAUCAAGUCCAACUGUAACUAAUGGUCGCACCACCCCUACCAGCAUCUCCAAUAAAUCCGGUUCUGCAUCAACCGCUGUCCUAUCAAAUGGAGUCAGUAGAUCUUUUAAUCCACGUGGCACUUCAUACCAACAGCGUAUGGAAACCAGGAUGCCUCCUAAGAAGCGAUGGCAUCAGCAGACAUCAAGUGUUCCAUCGGGAAGCCGGGGGUCAGAAGUCACCACAAUGACAGAGGAAACUGGAAUCAAAGAGACCUUGUCUUGUAUUCUUUCGUGGAAAUAUGAUUGGAUAUCAAGGAAUGAAGGAGUCCCUUCUGCGAAUGUAUUGCAAUCGUUCCUGGGAUGUAGAGAGGUACCUCGACACCAAGACUCCUUCCAAGACGUUGGAAGCUAUCAGAUGUCCCUGAUUUGCUUUUUACUCCUUGAAAUGUGGUCGAAGGUUUCAAGUGCUGUAGACAGAACAUGUGAUGUGGUAUGGAGACAGAUAUCAUGGCCAAAAGGGAUCUCAGAAGACAUUGCUGAAGUGAACUACGAACCCAUUGAUAGUUCUCACCAAGGCCUGAGUAGUGAGGACCUGGUCCUAGUCGAUAUGACGGCCAUCAAUGCUGCAGAGAACCAAUACCAAUUUGGACUGGUACGUGGGGUGUCUGAUGGGACCGUGACCCUUGCCCUUCCUUACAAGAACAAGGUUGUACCCAGCUCAACAAGACUAAAGAUUGUAACAUCCCUGAGUCAUUACAUGAACCAGAUAAGAGCGUUGCUGUCCUUUCAAAAUAACCCUCUUGCAAGGCAUAUCGCACAGCCAGAGGACCUGUCUGUAUUUGUCAAGGAUGGAAAGCCCCCUCCAGAAGGCAAAGUCUCUGAUGAUGCUCUACUGAAAUCUUUGAUGAUGUCCAUGUCAAGGUCUGCGCAGCAGCAAAAGCUGAUUCGACUGAUGAACGGGCCACCAGGGACGGGAAAGACUGCCUUCUUGGGUCGCUUCAUUCGACGAAUCAUAAACGAACACAGAGAUAUUCCAAAGACCUCCAAAAAUCCUUACAAACUGCUCGUAUGUGCACCUACUAGACAGUCACUGGAUGUGCUUUUGAGGAAGAUUUGGGAAUACCUUUUGAAGAUGGGUGAAAUCAAAACAGACGGCGAGGCUAUUUCACACCAGAAAAACAUCGUAAACGGUGUACAGAUUGUGCGUGUUGGUGAAGAAGCUGAUAAGCGGCUAGAAGAAUUUCUCCUCUCGACUGUUCUGGCAAGAAAGAAAGAGCAAGGUAUAUGUUUGCUAGGUGCCGAGCUUGAUGAUGCAGACCUUCAAACAAAGAUUCUUCAGGGAGCUGAUAUAGUUGGAUGUACACUUAAGGAUUGUGGAUCUAAGAUUGUGAGAGAAAGCCUAGAGGGAAAUGUAUUUGCACUCAUUGUUGAUGAUGCCUGCCACUGUUUAGAAACUGAACUUCUUCUCGCCCUUCAAUGUAAAACUAAACGUGUGUUUUUGGUUGGUGACAGAGAGCAGGAAAUUAUUCACAUUCAUUCAAAGGAGGCGAAGGAAUUGGGAUUUGGUCGUUCAAUGCUGACGAGAAUCGCUCAGAAAUUUGCAAUGGAGGAUCAAAACACAUGUAUACAUAAUUGGGAUACACAAUACCGCAUGGAGGCAGAAAUUGCAAAGUAUCCGUCAUCUGUGAUGUACUUACACAAACUCAAGACUGGAAAGAAACAAGAGUCGUUCUUCCUCCGCCGGUACAUCAUCUUUGACGUGUCCGAUGGAAAGGAAUCUAUGCAGGGAGAAUCACUUGUCAACACAGCCGAGGCUUCGUUCAUUAAAGAGCUAGUUUGCAGCUUCUCUGGAAAAGAAAAGUUCAGCAUUGGGAUAAUCGCCCACACCGAUGGUCAGAGGGAUCUCCUGAAAGUAACACUAGAAGGGCAGAAAAUUCUUAAGCCACUUGUAGGAACCCCGGCAGAUUUCUUUGGCUUGGAGAAAGAUGUCAUCAUUUUGUGUUGCACAAGAACCGGAGGAACUCCUGAUGAUUAUGGAUUUUUGAUGAGCAAACAGGUACUGAAUCUUGUGUUGACCAGAGCCAAGUUUAGUCUCAUCAUUGUCGGCAACAUGACAAGAAUUAAGGAGUUUGCCAACUGGAAUUACCUGGUGGAUGAUGCUACUGGUAGAAAGCUGGUCUUCAGGACUUCCAAGGCAUCCUACAGGGAAGAUGCACAGAACUGCAGAGAAAGAUAUUCCCAAGCCAACACAUCUAGGAGGCAAUCAGGGUCACACACUCCAAGGACUGAAAAUCGAGGAUCAGCUGCUGGACACCAGCAGAGAGUGGGACAGCCUGGACUUUCUCUGAUUAAGUCAGUGGGAAGAAGUUCACCAGGAGACCAAUCAAGAUUGGGAACCAGUGGAAGUUCUCCACUGACUGGAUCUGAAGUUCAGGUUUUGCCAGGAUAUCAGCAGACAUGGAACGGACAAUGUCCGACAACUGUAUCUGAAGCUUCGCAGGGACUUCAACAGAGAAGAGAACAAGCCGGACCUUCCAAUGGAAUGGAGCUCGUUUUUGAGAGCAGGCACAACCCACGUCAUGAAGGGAAUCCCGCCAAUGGUAAUAGCCAGGAUCCAAUGGAAGAGGUGUUGACCCAUGCAAUUGACUUCCCGGGGCAUCCUGACAUGGACUCUGGAAGCAGGCCAUCCGAGGCAUUGGUCAAUGAAGGUAGCAACCUAAUGAUUGAAGAACAUGUGCAGCAUAAUCGGAAAGUAAUUGUUGCGGAUCAGACCAGGGCUGUGGAGGUUCCGUGCCAUGGACAGGAGGAGAACAGACGAUCAAUACUUAGACAGGUUUCUGUUGAUAAUGACAAAGGUAACAGGGGGAAGAGGCGUGUGAGCUUCGAUACAACUACAGAAGAUCAUCAGAGACCAGCAAAGGUACCAAGGACGAACGAUUCUGCCCAAGAGACAUCCUCUCAGAUAAACUCAUCAACAAGUAGAGAUUAUCCACAAACAUCCAGAGGCUCUUCUCAACCUAGGGGCAUCCUAAAGAAGCCGCAGGAAACCAUACCAGCAACAAGUCAUGGGAACGGAUUGAGAACAGACCAAGACAAACCCCGCAACACCCAUAUUCCUCAAAGACAGAGAGGAAAUGGCUCUAGUUACAUUCCAAAUUACGGGAGUGAUAACAGGAAGAAUCUCCAUGAGAUUGCUGUUGGUUUGAGGAACAAUGAGAGGAUUUCAAGAAAGGGAAAUGGGAUAAGUAUAGGAGGUCGCACUUUUGGUAAGUUCAGACCUCAGAAGAGUUCAAGAAGAAAAGAUAAUAAUUUAAGGAGUAAAAUGAGACAUUCUGGUGAGGAUGCUGAUGCAGGAAUGGCCCGAUGUCAUCAAGACUUACACAGCCAUGGAAGCAAUCGGCAACAAGAGGAUGUAGAUCAGUAUCCUCAUCCCCUGUCCCAUUCACAUCAGUCGCUCUAUGAAAGACCAGAGAAUAGAAGGAGUGAAAGGAGACAAUGGAGUGAUUCCACCAAUGAGGGAACAUUUCAAAGUCGUCUUGGUUCACAUGGAAAUCGGAGGGGCCGGUCUUCGAGACGGAGACGGAAUAAUGAUCAUCAGCGAGGCAGGUCGAACGAACGAUCGCAACGUCAAAGCCGUCAAGAGCCACUGCCAGAAAGACGUCUUGAGAGAUUAGAAUCGCUUGACCGACUUGCCACCGAUCCUGCACAACCAGAAAGACAUUAUCAGAGAUUAGAAUCACUCGACCGGCUUGCCACCGAUCCUGUGCAACCAGAAAGACAUCAUCAGAGAUUAGAAUCACUUGACCGGCUUGCCACCGAUCCUGUGCAACCAGAAAGACAUCUGCAGAGAUUAGAAUCUCUCAACCGACUGGCCACCAAUCCUGUGCAAUUAGACCCUACGAUGGAGCAUCACAGAUUAGUCAACCAGGCAUCUGGCGGUCGCUCUACGGAGCUAACGGCACCUCUGCCAAAUGUAAGAAGAAGGAAGAGCUGUAACCCUGUCAAAGAUAGCCAGAUGGAUUAUCAAGAUUGAACCCUCCACAGUUCAUAACCUUUCACAAAACCUUGUCAUGAUCUCUUGGAACAAGCUACUCAAAUGAAGCUAUCCUUUGGCUAAGGACAACCUCAUAUUCCUGCUGAUAUGUAGAUAGCUAGAUUGAUAGGAAGAUAAAUAGAUAUAUAUAAAUAUAUAUAUAUACAUUAUAAGAAUACACACUUUUAUGCAAUAGUUUUAGUGAGGUUGAAAAAAAGGACAUUGCUGCCAAUAAAAGGUGUAAAAUAUGCAAUACAUCCUACAUUAUUACUUUGUAUGUAUUCUUGCGUACCUAUACAUAUUUGGGGGUAAAAACAUCAGUUUUGGUGCCGUUUUGUCCUGGGAUCUAUUCAUGAACUUUUCCUAACUGUACUAUGCAAUAAAAUGCCUUUUACUUGUUAUUUACUGUUUUAUAGUGGAGACUGGCAAAACAUUGAAUCAUGUGAAAUAAUAAAUUUAUAUGGGUUAAUACAUGUAUCACAGAGUUCAUUGGAACAUAGUGGUUUGCAUCAGCGCAAGACAGUGGGCUGAUCAUGGCUACUGAUGAUGAUGAUGAUGAUGAUGUUGCUUGUAUAAUAUACAUUACUGCCUUGCUGUCUCUAUGUGCUGAGGAAUAUAGGCGAG